AGACAGGCGGAGCCCGCAUAUCACAGACGCACUUGUGCAAAACGAGACAAUUUGAGAAGAGAGUUUUCUGAGUGUGGAGACGCUUCACUCGUCGUCACUCUAUUAAACAUUGCCAUCACUCAGCAACAUGUAUUUAUUCCUAUUGGCGGCUGUUUUUUCAGUGAGUUUAGCCGAAAAAUCACCACGACUGAAAUUCAACGUAAUGGAAUCGCCUCGGUUUCGCUUCAUGAAACCAGAAAACUACAUGUCAGUUUACCAUCAACAGGGAACAGAUGUCCUGUAUGUGGGGGGCCAGGCGGUCAUCUAUAAGCUCACCUUCAGUGAUAAAGGAGUACAUGAAACUCAGAUCCCUGUGGUGAUGGAUGAGAUUGGAAAACAGACAUGUGUCUCUAAAUCAGCAGCACGAAAGCAUGAAUGUGAUAAUUUCAUCACUGUAAUUGAGAGAGUUGGCGACUCCUUCGUGGUGUGUGGGACAAGAGCAGGUGCUCCUAAAUGUUGGCUCCUGGUGAAUGAGAGUGUACUAAUGGACAUGCAGCAGGAAACAUCAGCAUCUGAGAUCUUGGCACCUUUCCCCUCUCAGCGCUCUAUCAGUCUGUCAGCAGGUGGAAAUCUUUACUCUGCUCUGUCAGCAGUUACAGGGCAGACUGGCUCUAUCCGUCGUACAUAUGGCUCCAAAAAGCUGCUAAAGUCCGAGAGUAAAUGGUUGCAGAAUCCCCAGUUUGCAGGAGCUGCUGUGAUUCCACACCACGACAAACUCAAAGAUGAGAUCUAUUUCUUCUUUAGUGAAGUCAACAAUUCAGCAAGUUUUGAUGAAGAGCCAUAUAGAGCUCGGAUAGGACGAGUCUGCAUGGUUGAUGAGGGAGGGCUUCCGAAUUUGUUACCAAACUCCUGGACUACAUUUCUGAAGGCACGUGUAAUGUGUGGGAAAGAUGGAACUCCCGUUCAGUACAACAAUAUCAAGCAGACGUUUGUUCUGACUUCUGAUCAUCUCCGCACUGGAGUGAUGUAUGGCCUCUUCUCCAAUGCCUGGAAUACCACUGUAGUGUGUGCAUACUCUAUUGAGGACAUUGACAACUCAUUUUCUACAUCUAAACUGAGGGGCUACAACUCACCUUUGGCUUCGCCACGUCCUGGAAUGUGUGCUUUCAAAAAUAACACAGCGGCUCAUAACCAGAAGAUUCUGACUGUGAUCAGGGAUCACCCUGAGAUUGAGGAUAUGAUCAGGCCGGUUGGAAAGGAUCCUCUUGACUUGCCAGUCCAAGACCAUUUCACCCACAUUGUGGGUGACAAAGUCCUUGCUGUCAAUGAUGAGCACUACAGCAUCAUUUAUCUGGGCACAGAGAAGGGUAAAGUCCUGAAGGUGCUCCAUACCAUAGAAGGAGCCUUUAUCAUUGCACAGUAUUCCUUAUUCCAUGACGAUAGUCCUGUCAUCAACAUGGCUAUUGACUCCAAAAAGGGUCAUCUCUAUGUUGGCACAGAAAUAGAAGUUCAGCGCCUCCCUCUGGCUGACUGUGGUCGCUAUGGGGUCAGCUGCCAGGAAUGCAUCCUUUCUCGAGAUCCAUAUUGUGUGUGGGAUGUGACCAAGCAAAAGUGUACUGCUAUCCCAGCGGACUACAAAUUAAGCACUGGGACCCUUAUUCAGAACCUUGACCACUCCAAUGCCUCAGUCUGUGGAGAUGUUAUAGCUACAAAGGCACGUAGCACCAUACCCAAAGAGGUGUUAGUGGAUAAAGAUGGACCAGUGCUGCUACCAUGCCCUGUGCGUUCCUACCAUGCCACAUACCUCUGGGAGAAAGACAACUGCAUCAAGCUAUAUCCUUGCACCAUCUCGGGCUCUUCCUGCGUGCUUGCACCCACACCUGACCUGCCUCUGAAGGAGGGCGUAUUUCGCUGCAUGGCAGAGGAGAGUGGUCUGAAACAGGAGGUGGUGUCCUACAAGCUGGUGUUCAAUGGUGGGCCCCUCUCCCCCUCGGUAGCCUCCACUCUGGGGUCAGCUCUGCUGCUGGCUGCUGCGGUGCUCUGGCUCCUGUAGAUCAUCAACUGAAUGAUGAGGGGUCAGAAGGAAACAAGAUGAAUGGAAGUUAUGCUAAGGUCAGCAGAGCAUGAAUACUUAGGCCUGUCCAACUUAACUGCAGGGGAUCAGCUUAUUUCUGUAUAAUCUGUUUCUUGUUUCAUAUUUGGAGUAAUUCCACAUUAAUUCUUUUCUUUUAGGGGCUGUGAAAAUGCCUGAAAUUGUCUCAUUUUGCAAAAUGCUAUCAUACCAAUCAUACCAACUGCAGUGUUAUGUAUACAUGAACUUAUGUAAGCUAAAUAUUUCAUGCCAUGCGCCUGAAAGCAAACAUUAAGCCUUUAUCUAUAUAUUCAAAUAUCUAAUACAUGGGAUCUGUACUGCAUAAUACAUGCUUGCAGAUUGUCAGGUACAUCCUCCAUACUGAGCAACCCUCAGACUUGAAAUCUAGAUCAGGUCUUUUCAUAACUUGGUUAGUUUUCUUCAAUAUAAUAUAAUUCUAUCUACAAUAGAAUUGCUGAGUUACAGAUUUGUUUAAAAUUGCCGUAUUGUUUAAAAAUGAAUUUGUAUUUUAUAUCCUUGGAUUUUCCAUUGUGUGCUAUUGAGACAGUUCAAACACCUUAAAACAGGGAUGAGUCCCUUUAAGCCGUAAGGGCCCCAUCCUAACCACAACUUGCAAACAGAGCAUUACAUGCAGAAUCUGCUGUCCCCCCCAUGCCAAAUUGGGGAGAAAAGGGGAGAAUAAUAAUAAUACUAAAAUAAAUACAUAAAUUAGACAUCACGGAAAGCAUAAAAUUGAUAGAGAACCAGAUACAACCACUUAUGUUCAGUGGGUGAACAGGAUAAACAAAGGAAUUAGAAAGUUUAUUUGGUAUGCCACUGUGUUUUUAAAGAAAAUGAUAUGGACACUCUUGCAUCCUUAAUGCCUGUAAUUUUCAUGCUCAUGAACCUUUCGGAUUUUCCAAACUUUUACAUUGCAUUCAUAUGAAUUAUUGGGCAAAUAAACUUAAAUAGAUGUGAUGUAGACUUGCAUUUUGUAAUUGUAGUGAAGAGGCUUGUGAUCUGUCUUAAUUAUAAUGCUCUGCAUAUGUUGUUCUUCACCAUUGCUGCCUAUUGGAGAGUAUUCCAGAUGGAUUUUAAUAGUCGCCUGCACUACAGUGUAAAUUUGUCAUGAUAUUUUAUUUAAUUUGAUCAUCACUUCAACAUCAAUCACCAAUAAAACCUUAUGUUGGCUAAAGGGACAAAAAAAGGAGACAAUUUCUAACUAGCUCAGUUCUAAUUAAAAUCUACACCCAUAACUCAGCCACACACCACCAUUUCUGUUAUUUUGUCUCUCAAAGCAACUGACCCCAAAUGCCAAUUCCACCUUUAACUUGUUUUUAACCAUAUUCUUCGAUGCAUGAGCAGGAGUGAGAUGUUUUUUUUUUUUUUUUACAAUGUAAUGAAAUGAUCACUAAUGAACCGAAAGUGCAUUAGUUAUCACACAAUGAUGGUUUCAGAAACUUUUAUUAUUUGGACUUGCUUAUGUUUUUUGUACUUCUGUUUCUCUCUCUCUCUCUCGCUAUUGCUCUUUAUUUUAGACAUAGACUGACUACACACAAUCUUGAGCAGGAAUAUUAAAAAGAAACUGUCUGUGCUUAUUCUACUGUUAAUUUUUUUGUACCUUUUUUUAGAUCUCUGGGUUCAAGUGUGUCAUAAAAGAAAGCCAUGUAUAUAUUCCAGGAACUGACUGCAUCAUUGCUUUACACAUCAAUGCAUUAGCUACUUAUGCUAGCUUGUGCUAACCUUCUGUUUGCAUGCUGAAUGGCUCAGCUCUCAGUCCUUGUACUGGUCUCUUGGCCUAAUGUACUGUGGCUACUGCACUAAUUGCAGAAAAGUUGUAGUGCCAAACUGGUGUUGUCUCAUUUUUGCCAAACGUUUACCUUUCAGACACACAUAUAGCAGAAUCUUGAUACACAGACACAUGCAGACACUCAAAAUCACUUUAUUUGGUCUAAAUGACAAAGGGUUCUUCGAUAUAACAUUAUGCUGUGUAGAUCACACAAAAUGCCAACUAUCAAACAACUUUUUUUUUUAACUAUUGUAUUGCUGGGAUAACUGUGUCACUGUUAAUCGUCUGUCAUUUGCUAUGCAGUGUGUUUUUUGCCCAAGACUUGUGGCAUGCAAAGAUGCUUGUGACGGUUUACUGCUCAAAGGAUCUUGCAGUUGUGUAGGCUUGCACUUUCAUAUAACUGGUUGCCAAAAGUCAUAAACUUUUUUUAGAGGGACCAAAAACCUUUUAAAAUACAGAAACAGAAUUAUACAUUACUGUGCAU